UGGUGGAAAUGGCAAAGGAAAUCGAUUGGAUCAAUUGGAGCGUCCAACUGAUGUGUUAAUCGAUAAAGAGGCGGAUAGUCUCAUUAUUUGUGAUUUUGGGAAUCGACGAGUUGUACGAUGGUCUCGUCGUAGUGGCGCAAUUCAAGGAGAAAUUCUCAUCAGCAACAUCGAUUGUGGUGGAUUGUUCAUGGAUGAUCAGAGAUAUCUCUACAUCUCUGACUGGAUAAAACAUGAAGUAAGACGAUAUAAAAUAGGAGACAAGAAUGGAACUCUUGUUGCUGGUGGUAAUGGAAAAGGUGCUGGUCUCAAUCAACUCAACUUUCCGACGUACAUCUUUGUUAAUCAACAACAGUCUGUCUACGUGUCAGAUAAGGAGAAUCAUCGUGUAAUGAAAUGGGAUACAGAUGCAAAAGAAGGAAUUGUCGUUGCUGGAGGUCAAGGUUACGGGGAUUCUCUGACACAAUUGCAGUAUCCUACAGGACUGUUCGUUGAUACGUUGGGUACCAUCUAUGUGGCAGACUCAAUUAAUGGUCGAGUGAUGCGUUGGUCUCAAGGAGCGAAACAAGGCACUGUUGUUGUGGGUGGAAAUGGUGAAGGAGAAGGAGCAAAUGAGUUCAACGGUCCCUUUAGUUUGUCCUUCGAUCGACAUGGUAAUCUCUAUGUCACCGAUUGGGGAAAUCAUCGUGUUCAACGUUUUGAUAUCGAAUAA